UCCUCAUCUAUUCAACAUCAUCAAAUAAAAAACCCAUAAAGAAAAAUGGAAACCCAGAUCCAUAACGGCGGCUUACCGCAUCCGAGCACCGCCCCUUCCUUUGUGUUGCCCAGCUCCCCCAGCUCCUCUCUCGGCCGCCAUAUCGCUCGGCGCCUCGUUCAGAUUGGGGUGAGUGACGUCUUCUCUGUUCCCGGUGACUUCAAUCUGACGCUGCUCGACCACCUGAUCGCAGAGCCCGGGCUGAACCUGAUAGGCUGCUGCAACGAGCUUAACGCAGGGUACGCUGCAGAUGGCUAUGCCCGUGCACGUGGCGUCGGUGCCUGUGUUGUUACCUUCACGGUCGGUGGGCUUAGCAUUCUCAAUGCAAUUGCGGGUGCUUACAGUGAGAACCUCCCUGUUAUUUGCAUCGUCGGUGGACCCAAUUCCAAUGACUAUGGAACCAACCGGAUUCUCCAUCAUACCAUCGGAUUGCCUGAUUUCAGCCAGGAGUUUCGAUCCUUUCAGACGGUCACUUGUGCUCAGGCAGUGGUGAACAACUUGGACGAUGCGCAUGAGCUGAUCGAUACUGCAAUUUCAACUGCUUUGAAGGAAUGCAAGCCUGUUUAUAUCAGCAUUAGCUGCAACUUGCCCGGAAUUCCUCAUCCGACUUUCGCUAGAGAGCCCGUGCCUUUCUCCCUUCCUCCGAGGGUGAGCAAUCACAUGGGAUUAGAGGCAGCUGUGGAGGCAACAGCUGAUUUUCUGAAUAAGGCUGUAAAGCCUGUGAUUGUGGGUGGGCCUAGACUAAGGUUUGCGAAGGCGCAAGACGCAUUUGUAGAGCUGGCAAAUGCAUGUGGUUAUCCAAUAGCGAUUAUGCCAUCAGGAAAGGGAUUGGUCCCAGAACAACACCCACAAUUCAUUGGGACGUACUGGGGUGCCGUCAGUUCCAAUUUUUGUGGGGAGAUAGUGGAGUCUGCAGAUGCCUAUAUGUUUGUUGGCCCCAUCUUUAAUGACUACAGUUCAGUGGGCUAUUCCUUGCUGAUCAAGAAGGAAAAAUCGGUGAUUGUGCAGCCUAAUCGUAUCACAAUUGGUAAUGGACCUUCCUUAGGUUGGGUUUUCAUGGCCGACUUCUUGAAAGCAUUGGCCCCAAGGCUGAAGAAGAACAGCACAGCGCUGGAGAAUUAUCGUAGGAUCUAUGUCCCUCAUGGCAUCCCUGUCAAGCGUGAGCAAGGUGAACCUCUGAGAGUUAACAUCCUCUUCAAGCACAUUCAGAAUAUGCUGGGGGGAGACACUGCAGUUAUUGCAGAGACAGGAGACUCAUGGUUCAACUGCCAGAAGCUCCGUCUGCCAGAAAAUUGUGGUUACGAAUUCCAGAUGCAGUAUGGAUCAAUUGGAUGGUCAGUAGGUGCCACUCUUGGGUAUGCUCAGGCUGCUAAUGAUAAGCGUGUGAUUGCUUGCAUUGGUGAUGGAAGUUUCCAGGUGACAGCACAAGAUGUUUCAACAAUGUUAAGAUGUGGUCAAAGGAGCAUUAUAUUUCUCAUCAACAAUGGAGGAUACACAAUUGAAGUAGAGAUACAUGAUGGCCCAUACAACGUAAUAAAGAACUGGGACUACACCAAGCUUGUUGAUGCCAUUCACAAUGGUGAAGGAAAAUGUUGGACGGCCAAGGUCCGGACGGAGGAUGAACUAACAGAGGCUAUUGCAACUGCCACAGGAGACCAAAAGGAUUCAUUGUGUUUCAUUGAGGUUUUUGCGCACAAGGAUGACACUAGCAAGGAGCUGUUAGAGUGGGGAUCUCGUGUUUCUGCUGCAAACAGCCGCCCUCCUAAUCCUCAGUAAAACUUGAAGAUCUGAUUUGGGUCUGAGGAAGAUGUAUUUUGCAUCAUUUGCCAUUCUCUAUUUAAAAAAGUUCUAUAAAUCGUGACUUGUGUAAUUAGAAUGAGAAAUAGGAUGGUGACACAAUAACAGUGCUUGUUUGAUGCAUCAAGGUGACCUAUUAGUCAACCAAAAAAUGCAAAAAAUAUAUGUACAUUUUGUCUGUAGGUUGAGAUGGAGUCCCCCAAUAACUUGCAACAGGGCCAUCCCUAUCACAGAAGUCCAAGCAUUGUAAUAUUUUGUUUU